ACCCCCGUUCUUCUUAUCAGCGGUGAUAAACAUAAGCCCUAUUUCAUUUAUUACCAGCACAGUCCCUGGGCUGGGGAUGUUUCCUCUCCAUCCUUUGCCCUCGGUCUUCUACUAUGGCUAUUGCUUCCUCCCAACCAGAGCCGCCGUCUGAGACAACCUCUCUCUUAGCUGAGCACGAUGAACACCCGGUGCAGGGGAAGAGUGCUACCCGUACAGCAUAUCGGGUCUUGCUGUUUGCGUGCAUCACAGCCGUGACUAUAGACUUUGGCAACUUUCUCUCCGUUGCUCCCCAACUCCAGGCGUUUGAGUCGAUCAUCUGCCAGCGCUUGCAUCCUGAGCUUUUCACUGACAUCCCCAGCGAGAGUCUUCCCCUGGUCGCUCCUCCAUCAUGUAAGUCUGCCGAUGUGCAGGGGGAUCUAGCAUUGCUCAAAGGCUGGAUGAGCACCUUUGAUCAGCUACCGGGCAUCAUCCUCGCGCUUCCGUACGGUCUCAUGGCGGAUCGAAUUGGUCGCAGACCAGUCCUGGCCAUGAGUUUGCUUGGGGCCAUCCUGGAGGAGAUCGCGAUUCGGCUUAUCUGCUGGUACCAUACAACCAUCCCACCUCAAGCGAUCUGGUUCACACCGUUGUUCCAGAUCAUUGGUGGCGGUUCUCAGAUAUCCACCUCUAUCGCGUGGACGGUCAUCGCAGAUGUGUUCCCGGUCGAGAAGCGUUCUGUUGCAUACUUCCUGCUGUCGGGAGCAAUGCUGCUGUCUGAAAUUGUCGCGAUCCCCUUGAGCGCCUGGAUGAUGUCCUCGAGCAUUUGGGUGCCUUGGAUGCUGGGAUUGGCCUGCGAGGUCGGGGGCGCGUUCGUUGUUUUCUUCUUGCCAGAGACCAAACCGAAGUCCUCGGAAGAUCCCGUGGAUGAGGUCGUGUCUGACACAAUGGAACGCCCUGAGGACUCAUUGGUGUUCACAUGGUCGGGCAUUGUUCGCUUUGCUCGCUCCCAAAUCACCGAGCUGAAUGAUUUUGUCUGCGGGCAUCCCAGCUCCAUCGUCGUCUCUUUUGCAUUCCUGGCGUCUAGCUAUGGAAUAAUAGCUGUUCCCUUUAUGCUCCAAUAUGUCUCCCGGCGCUUUUCGUGGAGCUUGGCAGAGGCAAGCCUUCUUAUUGCCGUCAAAGGUAUACUCAACAGCUUCGCAUUGGUGUUCAUCCUCCCCAUGGUUUCGAAGUUUCUCGGGAGAUAUUUCUCUCCGGUAAAGAGGGAUCACAAGGUUGCACUCGGCAGCGCAUGUAUCUUGAUAGCCGGAUUUUGCUUCAUGUCUCUUGCAUCCCACCCGGCACUGUUUAUCGUGGGGGUUGCCCUAAUUGCGCUCGGAUGGGGAUACUAUGCUGCUCUGCGCAGCGUCAGCAGUGCACUGGUUGGGCAAUCGCACAUUGGACUCCUCAAUACGACCAUGGCGCUCGCACAGGGUAUUGGGCUUAUGGUGUCCGGACCCCUACUGGCUGGGUUGUUCCGGACGGGAAUGGCCUGGGAAGGGGUUUGGAUGGGGCUGCCAUGGAUGGUCGGGGUUAUCUUGUACGCAGCAGCUGGCCUGGCAGCUGCUUGUCUCCGUGUCCCAAAUUAGUCGGGAAAUCGACGUAUCUUGGACCGAGUAGCUGUCGGUAUCACGCCCAGCUCCAUAAUUUGACAAAUGAGAAGCGAUCAAGCUCUCUUUAGAGAGUGAUGGCAGUUUUAGCUAGCCAAAGAGAGAGAGCAUGCAGAAAUGCUAUUUAGUGACCGUGUCAAUC